GUGACACUGAUUUUGGGGCUUAGCACGCUGCACGUUUGUUUUUAUUUUGAUUUUGUUGGUGCACAAAUCGCAGUAGAAUGGCAAAAACGAAGAAAAAUGUAAGGGCCAAGGCGAAAAGCGUGGUGGGGGCGGCCAAGCAGAAGGCUCAGGACAUGAAGGCCAAGCUGCGCGAGGAUCGUCUGCUCCACAAGACCCUUACGCCCAAGAAGACGACCACCAAGAAGGAGAAAUCCGAGGCGAAACACAAGAAGCUGCUCAAGAGAUUCGCCGAAGCGCGUAAGAAACGCAAGGAGGAGCACAAGAAUCGCGAGAAGACCAAAGUUGUCGGAGAUCUAAAACCACUGCGGGAUGCCCUACCCUCGCUGCAGGACAUCUACAAGCUGGUGAAGACCAAGCAAAAGGAUGUCUCCGAGGGGGCAGCCCUCACAGAACCAGAGGUCCGACUGAGUGCCAACGAGAAGAUCCGGAAAAAACGCACUGAAAUGGUCAACACCGUCAAGUCCUUCGAAAAGCUCAUCAAAGACAAGAACUUCAAGAAGAAUCCCCGCGAAGUCAUCGCCGCCCAUGUGCGCAACAAGUACCAGGCGAUGGAAGAGGACGACUACGAAUAGAAGCCUCAAAUCAGCAGAUUAAUUAUUUUUAGGUAUAAACAUAAAUAAUACAAGGAUUGUAAAGAAAUAUACGAUGACGCAAGUAUGUUAGUCCAAAACUAUGAAAAACGUUACUAAUUGAGCACUGUAAAAUAAACUGUGCAUAUCUAGAAC